CUCUCCCAGUCUCCCUGAGCAGAGCCGGAGAAGCUGCUGUCGCCGCCCGGGGUCGGACCAUGUGCGGCCGCUCACUGCUCCACCUGGCGCUGGUCGCCUGCCUGUUGCUGCUGUCCGAGUGCAGGUCUGGCUCAGCGGCCGCCGAACUGACCGUCCCCCGGAGGAUCGUGCCGCCCGGGCUUGGGGAGGUAGCGGGGCGCCGGGCGCGGAGAGGGAUGUUCCCGGCGGUGAGUGGGGGUCAGCAACCUCUGUACCUCCUGCUGCCGGCAUUUGGCACCGAGCUACUGCUAGACCUGAACCUGGAGCAGAGCUUCCUGGCGCCGACUUUCACCGUCGAGGAGCGGGGAGACGGUCAGCCCAGCGUCCGCCAGCUUCCAACCCAGAGCCACUGCUUCUACACCGGCCACGUCUUCAACCAGAGCCGCUCAUCCGCCUCCCUCAGCGCCUGUAACGGACUGUUUGGAUAUAUCCAGAUUGGAGAUGACCUGUUGUCAAUAGAACCUGUAAAUAAGUUGAACUCAUCGUUCAGUGGAGAAGUUCACCAGAUCUACAGGCACAAACGGUCCCUCACAUCAAAGAAUAAACAUUUGAAGAAUGACUUCUGCAAAGUGAUUGAAGGAGAAAAGACACUGAAGGAGGCUGAUGGCCGGCGGCCAAGGAGAAAUGCCAUUCAAUUAACCAACGAAUAUACAGUGGAGACAUUGGUGGUGGCGGAUUCCGACAUGGUUGAGUAUCAUGGGGCCGAAGCUGCUCAACGAUUCAUCUUGACUGUCAUGAACAUGGUAUAUAACAUGUUUCAGCAUCAUACCCUGGGAAUCAAGAUCAAUAUUCGAGUGACCAAACUAAUCUUACUUCGUAAUCGUCCAGAGGAGCUAUUGAUUGGCCAUCAUGGAGAACGGUCACUGGAAAGUUUCUGUCGUUGGCAGCACAGGGAAUUUGGAGCAAAAUAUCUGGGGAAUAACCAUGUUCCUGGUGGGAAAGAUGACUUUCCAGCUGUGGAUGCUGCUGUGUUUGUCACAAGGACCGAUUUCUGUGUACAUAAAGAUGAACCUUGUGAUACUGUAGGAAUUGGCUACCUUGGUGGAGCAUGCAGUGCAAAACGCAAGUGUGUGCUUGCUGAAGAUAACGGUCUCAAUCUGGCCUUUACCAUUGCCCAUGAGCUGGGCCACAACAUGGGUAUGAAUCAUGACACCGAUCACUCCUCGUGUGCUGAACAUUUCCACAUCAUGUCCGGUGAAUGGGUCAAAGGAAAAAAUCCAAGUGAUCUGUCCUGGUCUACCUGUAGCCAUGAUGACCUGGAGAAGUUUUUGAGGUCGAAAGCCAGUGCCUGCCUCUUGGAAACUGACCCUAGAAGUCACUAUAUAACGCGACUACCUCCUAAGCUGCCAGGCAUGCACUACAGUGCUGAUGAACAGUGCCAGAUUCUUUUUGGAGCCAAUGCAACUUUUUGUAAAGAUAUGGAGCAUUUAAUGUGUGCUGGUCUAUGGUGUCUGGUAGAAGGGUAUAAACCAUGCAAAACAAAAUUGGAUCCUCCUCUGGAUGGUACAGAAUGUGGUGUUGAUAAAUGGUGCAGAGCUGGGGAGUGUGUCAGUAAAACGCCAAUUCCAGAGCAUGUGGAUGGAGACUGGAGCUCUUGGAACCAGUGGAGCAUGUGCAGCCGGACAUGUGGAACAGGAGCCAGAUUUAGACAAAGAAAAUGUGACAAUCCCCCUCCAGGGCCAGGAGGGACAAACUGCCAAGGAGCCAGUGUGGAGCACAAAGUAUGUGAGAACUUGCCUUGCACCAAGGGAUUGCCAAGUUUCAGGGAUCAGCAAUGCCAGUCUCAAGACAGACAAGGUCAUAUGAAGAAAAAACACUGGACUGCAGUCCUCAACGAUGAUGAUCCCUGCACUUUGUAUUGCUCCUCUUUUGGGAAAGAGUCCCCUGUUCUGGUAGCUGAGAGAGUUCUUGAUGGUACUCCUUGUGGGCCAUAUGAGACGGACCUUUGUGUGAAUGGCAAGUGUAAGAAGAUUGGCUGUGAUGGAAUCAUUGGCUCAGCAGCCAAAGAGGAUCGCUGUGGUAUGUGUAACGGUGAUGACAAGUCCUGCAAAAUCAUCAAAGGAGAUUUCAAUCAAAGCCGAGGAAUGGGUUAUGUUGAAGCCACUGUGAUCCCUAUCGGUGCCAGGAGGAUUCGUGUAGUAGAGGAGAAACCAGCUCACAGUUUCCUGGCUCUUAAGGAUUCCACAAAACAAUCCAUCAACAGCGAUUGGAAGAUUGAGCUUCCUGGCGAGUUUCCAAUGGCAGGAACGACAGUCCGUUAUGUGCGACGGGGACUGUGGGAAAAGAUGUCUGCUAAGGGGCCAACUAAAACGCCACUUCAUUUAAUGGUGCUGCUAUUUCAUGACCAAAGCUACGUUAUCCACUAUGAAUACACAAUCUCGGUGAACAACUCCAUUGAAAGCAGCGACAAGGUGCAAAAACACCUGGAACCUUUUUACCUGUGGACAAACACUGGCUGGGGGGCCUGCAGUGUUCAGUGUGGAGGAGGUGAGCGGAAAACAAUCGUCCGUUGCACCAAGAUUUUGAAUAAGACAUUGGAGGUGGUAAAUGAUAGCGAUUGUCAAAACCUGACCCGUCCAGAGCCACAGGUCAGGAAGUGCAAUAUACAUCCAUGCCUGUCGCGCUGGGUGGAAGGCGAAUGGACUCCAUGCUCCAGCACCUGUGGAAAAGGCACUCAGUUUCGGAAUGUGACCUGUGUCUAUCAGCUACAAAAUGGCACGUAUUUCAAGACAAGAAAUCUCUACUGUCUUGGUCCAAAGCCAUCUACAGUACAGGGCUGUGAAGGACGUCAUUGUCUCACACUGUGGGAAGCCUCGGACUGGUCAAAGUGUUCGACAGAUUGUGGUCGAGGAGUUCAUCUAAGGACAGUGAACUGCACCAGUCCACAAAGCAAGUGUGAUCUUGCAACCAAACCCAAUGAGGAGGAGGAGUGCGAGGACCACACAAACUGCUACAAGUGGCGGACAGGAGAAUGGUCAAAGUGUUCCUCCACAUGUGGCAAGGGCCUGCAGUCACGAGUGGUCCAGUGUAUGCAUAGAGUCACUGGUCGCCAUGGCAAUGAAUGUCCAACCUUAAGCAAACCACCAGCAUACAAACAAUGCCAGCAGAAACCCUGCAAUGGAAGCAUCAACAUCAACACAAUCACCUCACCCAGCCUUGCUGCCUUGACAUACAAGUGUACAGGAGAUCGGUGGACAGUAUACUGCAGGGUAAUCCAAGAGAAGAACCUGUGUCAGGACAUGCGAUGGUACCAGCGGUGCUGCCAAACUUGCAGAGACUUCUACGCAAACAAGCAACACCAUGGUAGCUAAUCACAGGUUUUUCUGCAGCGUCAGAUAAUUUAAGAGGAGCUUCAACUCUGCCUGAACCUGAGCAGAACUGAUAAUUUCGAAAUAGUUUCUAAAACUGGAAGAGAACAAUGUUCGGACGUGCUGUGGACUUCACCCAGCAAUUACCAACAGUCUGCACGAGAUCUCUGCAGUUUUGGAUUGUGCUGCAUUAAACAGCUUCAGAAACCAAAAUAGUCACACUUUCAAGAACUGCUCCCUGUGAACUUCCUUUGGUUCUGCAUUUACCUAUUAUUGCAACAUUAGCAGCCUGACUAACAUCAGUGGGGAAGAAAAACUUAAGCACUAACCUCCUUUUUGUUCAACAAAAAGAUGUUUAUAAUCUCUCGCUGCAUGUUUUUGCGGAGUCAAUAUUAUGGACUUGAAUUGGUUUCUGAAACAAAAGCAAAGAACAGUGAAGGAACUGGAGAACCAUCCCUUCAGUAGACAGAUUUUCAUCGAAUACAUUGUGAACUACCUUCAGUGGGCAGAGAUUAAGUGCAUUGCAGUACAAGGGUGUAAUCUUUGAGCACCAACAGCCCGAUAUUGUGUUUUCUUCUUUUGUGUAAGGAAAGGAUCCACAGACUGAACACCCAGUUCCACUCAGCUUUACUGGACACCAAAA